CGUAACUAAUCGUUUCAUCAGUGGGCUCCGGGAACCCAGGAGUGCUCUUCCCCCGAGCCCAGUGUUCAGCUACUUAGUAUAGUCGUACAACUAGGGCUUCGCGCCCUUUCGAAACGGAUGACGAGGACAAGAAAAGCCUGCGUCGGUUCCCGGAGAACGUCACUGAGCCUUUUCUUGUGUCGCACGUCUAGGCCCAGGGGCUUUAUUUGGGAGACAGUGAGGCAUGAUGAACUCGGCUGUUGAUCCCAACGCACGAUACAUCUCCCCAACUGGCCUGUCCCUUGCCAUAGUCUGCGUCUCCCUCGUGCUCGUCUUUUUCUCCAUCCUGACGACUGGCCUGCGGGCCUACUCGCGAUUCCGCGAUGCUGUGCUUGGUUUCGACGAUGGCCUUGCUAUAGCUGGAACUAUUUUGUACACCGCGGAUGUCGGACUGGCUUGCUAUGCCUGCUGGGCGGGCCUGGGAUACCGAGAUGCGAAGCUCAACGCCUGGCAGUCGGAGCGCGCCAUGGAGCUCUACAUCAUCUGGAUCCUCGUCUACGUUGGAGCUUUGGCACUUGUCAAGUCGUCUGCCUGUGUAAGCAUCUACCGCAUCUCCGUUGCCACCACGGGGUUUCGCGUCGCCGUUUGGUGCCUCCUCUUCGUCUUGUGGGCCUCGUUCUUGGUCACCUUUAUCGGCACACUGCUCUACUGUCGACCGAUUCAAGCAAUCUGGAAUGUUGAUCUCAUCCUCAACGGCAACGGCCACUGUGCGCCGGCCUCUACGUUCAUCGCCCUUGGCCAAGUCGCCACGGGUACCACUAUUGCAACCGACUUGGGGCUGGUGGUUGUGCCAGCGAUCCUGCUUCGCCGCACGCAGAUGAAGACGCAGGCCAAGGUGCAAGCGUUCUUUCUCCUGUCUUUUGCGUCCAUCGCAUCCAUCAUCACUAUAGUCCGCAUUCCCUAUGUCAACCGCUUUAGCUCACCCACAGAUCUCAAGUUCUGGAUAGCGCACAUUAUGCUCUGCUCGAACAUCGAGACCGGCAUCGGCUGCAUCGCCACUGCCAUUCCCUCUCUCCGCCGUCUGUUCCGCCGCAAUGUUGGUAGUGCCUCCAGCACACCGAAUUCGAACCCCGCCCGCAGUUCCCUGUGGACGUUUGGAGGCCGAUCUACCAACAAAGUAGACGGCAACCGCUUCCACAACCCAACCGACCAGGGUUUCAGCCUCGCCACAGUCCACGCCAGGCCAGCUGAUGACAGCUGGCAGAGGCUACAAGACGGAGAUUCAGACUCGGGAAACCUCCUACCCGGUGAAAAUGGCAAAGGUAUCAGGGCUGAGUAUUCCUACGCUAUCCAGAUGGAGCGGGAGAGAGCAGCUGGGGAACAAAGGUUCUAGGGGUAACUAGCUUGCCGCUGAAUCCUGUCUGGGAUCGCACAAUCUGGC